AUGCUAAUGGGCCGCGGCCACCUAGCCCAAAUCUAUGCGCGCACCAACCGGCUUGACCUCGCCGACUCCCUCACGCGGGACACGCUAGCGCGGGUCGAGCGGUCUCGUGGCGCCACCCACCCAGACUGCGUGUACGGCCUGUGGCGGCUGGCAAGACUAUGUGUACUCCGCGGGGAACGGGCCGCGGCGCUCGAGACGUGCGAGUUGGGGCUGAAGCGUGCAGCGGCGCGGAUCUCGCUCGCACACCCCCUUGCGAAGCUGAUUGAGGCGCUAAGAGAUGGUUUGCUACGGAAGGACCCCGUGGCUACGGUGGAGGAGUUGCUGGGGGCAGAAGGGGCUGGGGAAACGGCCGGGUUUGGGACGCCGUUGAUGGGGGCUGCCGGUGAAGAGAAAGACCAGAAGGAAGCGCCGGAAGCGAAGCGUAUGUUUGCGAGCCCGCAGUUUGACGGGAAGGGUGAGUGGGAUGGGGGCGUGGCAGGUCGUCCCGGGACAGCGGGUAGUGCUGCAUCGUUGAGAUUGGCUGGGAGGAUGCCAACAUAG